AUGACUGCAAAUGUCGCUACCAAGCUACCCGAGAUCAAGCACACGAAGAUGCUGAUUAAUGGCAAGGUGAUUAUACAGGGCCAACUUAGAUCUAUCGAGCUAUUAUACAGCAAGACCUUUGAGGUGGUGAACCCAAACACCAAGCAAAAGGUUGCCGAUCUCCCUGGAGCAACUGAGGAUGAUGCCACCGCUGCCGUUGCCGCCGCCAAGGCCGCAUUCCCCGAGUGGUCCAAUCUCGGCCCGGAAGUUCGUGGCAGCUAUAGAACUUACAUCGGCCAUCUUCACCCUCAACCGCCGGGAAACUCCUCUUUAAACACCCCUGGUUUCGUCGGAAUGACUAUGCGCCAGCCGUACGGUGUUGAGACUAUAAUCAUUCCCUUGCCCGGCGCCCUGAUAGCCGGCAACACAGUCGUGCUCAAGUCGAGCGAGAAGGCGCCUCUGGGCGUAGCGCGCGUCGCCGAGCUGAUCCACCAGGCCGGCUUCCCUCCGGGCGUACUCAACGUCAUCUCGGGCCACGGCACCCCCUCGGGCUCCGUGCUGGCCCACCACAUGGAAGUGCGCAUCAUCUCCUACACGGGCUCCACCGCUACCGGCAAGUUGAUCCAGCAGGCCGCCGCCAAGUCCAACCUCAAGAUGGUCAACCUCGAGCAGGGCAAGAAGACGGGCAAGCUGGCGCUGGGCGGCGGCCACAUCGAGGGCACCGACGGCUUCUUCGUCCAGCCCACCGUCUUCCUCGACCAGCCCGAGGACGCGCGCGUCAUUAAGGAGGAGAUCGUUGGGCCCGUCGCCAACGAUACCGAGUUUGGCCUCUACGCCCCCGUCUUCACGCGCGAAAUCUCCAAGGCCAUGCGCGUCGCCAAGGCGCUCGAGAGCGGAUCCGUAGGAGUAAACUGUAGCUCGACCUCGAACGAUUUGGACUUGCACUUUGGUGGCUUCAAGCAUCCUGGACAAGGUCGCAGGGGGAUUCCGUACAUAAUAGAUCAUUUCUUGGAGCAAAAGGCUGUCUUUAUCAAGGUGGACGAGGUUUGA